AUGAAAUUAAGUACUGUAAGAAGCUUAUUUGAGUUUAGAGACACAUAAAUAGAGGGAAUUUUAGAGAAUCUUAUUGGGUCUGUAGGUAUAUCUUAUGUGGGCUAUAAAAUAUAGGGUAACUCUAAGGAUUAGGAUUGCCUGAUAUUUGCAUAAUUUGUAAGAAGCAACCAUUAGGGGUGUUUAAAUCAGGAUUUGAUCAAUGGUCAAGUUUCCAUUGUGUAUUAGGAAUAUGUCCAACUUCUUAAGCAGAGGUUUCAGCUUAUAUUCAAUCUUUAAUAAUGAAUUAAGAAAAGGACACUUUUUCUAAAAUAUUUGGAAGUGAUGUCAUCAUAUUUAAAGUAUUUAGAAUUAUAUUAAUUAUUAGAUCACUUACAUAACAUAUGAUAUAUUUUCAAAGAUUCUCUUGAUAUGUCAAUUUGAAAAGCCUAGUGAAGGACUGUCGUAGUUUAAAAAUUAUGGUAUAUAGUAAAAUAAAUAAUGUAUUCAAUUAACGAAAAGUCAUUGGGAAGGAGCUCACAUAAGUGGAAUUUUAAGGAUAUUGGAUGGCAAUUUCAGAAUGCCAAAUAUUGGUAGAUUCUAUAAUUAGACUAGUAUAAAUAAUCCAAAAUUUUUAUAAAAUCUGAUUGGAAAAUUGCUUUAAAAGAUAUCUGGUUUAGAUAAUUAAUUUCAAGAACUCAAUAAAAUAAAAUCAAAAUCUGAUUUUCCUCCUCUAAAUGAUAUAAUUUUCUAUCUUAAUUGGCCAUUGAGUAUCAUUUUCAAUUAUUUACAUAAUACAAAUUAAUUAGAUUUAUUGCUUGAACAAUUUAAUAAUUUAGAUGAUAACAUUAUAUUUAAAUUGAUCAAAUCCUUAAUACAUUAUAAAAUGAAGUAAUAAAGAUUUUAAUUAUAAUAGAAAUUAUAAUAAGAGUUUGCAUGAAUUAAUAAAAUUAUAAGAAUCCAAUAAUUGGUUUAAUCUUCCAAAAUUCAUAAUGGCAAAUAUAUUUAUAAAAUAAACUAAUUAUGAAAAGGCUUUUAUAUUAUUAUAAGAUUUAAUAGUAGAAUGUUAUGAAAAUUAAACUAUUUGGAUAACUUUAGUAUAUAAAAUAUAUUAAUAUUUUAGUCUAAAAUAUUUCGUAAAUAGAAGUUAUUUUAAAUUAGUCUUAUAUUGAUAAAUAAAGCUAUUGCUUUACCAUUAAAAUAGACAGUAAAAUAAGUAUGGAAUGAUAUGAAUCUACACAAUUAUAGAUUAUUGACUUAAAAUAAAAAUUUAUAAUAGGCUUCAUAGAUGGAUUAGAUUUAUAAAAUUGUGCAUCCUUUGGCAGCUGAUAAAAUUGAAAGUUAUGUAUAAUUAUGUGGAUAUCCAAGUAUAGAAAAUUUAUUAGUUAGACCAAGAAUGAAUAAUAAAAAAGAUUAAAAAGUAUUAUCUUAAUUUAAUAAUUCUUAGAAUACAAUUGAAAUGAUGUUCAAACAUAUCUCAAGACCAGAGUUCAAGGUUAAUUAAUAAGCAUAUGAUACUUUAAUGCAUAAUGAUCUCUUAGAUAUUGAAAGUGAAUUAUCCAAUAUUCUCAAAGAAGUUAUUAAAAUAUAACAUGUUGUGGGAUAUUAAAAAUUAAAAUCUUAUAUUAAUUAAUAUUUUUAUACUACAGCUAAAGUAGUUUAAAAAUAAAUAGAUUAAAUAUAUGAUCCAAGUGAAUUUUCAAUUGCUAUAAAAAAUUAGAGAAACUUAAAUUUAAAUGUUAGUUAGAUAAGCAAUACAAAUGUAUGAAUUAUAUUCUUAUAAAUUAAGAAAAGUAUGUGUAAUCCAAGAUUAUAAGAUGACAUAGAAGAUUGUGAUUCUGAUGAAGAGUAACCUGAAUUUCUAAAAAAAUAAAAAGUCAAUAAAUCUUUCGAUUUUACAAAUAUAGGUCCUCGAAUGUAUUAAACUCCAUAACAUAAUAAUAAAGCUGUUAAAUCACCAUUAAAAUUUACAAGCAUGAAAAAGAAAUAAUAAUAAAUUAAGAAAGCUAAUACAAUUAUAAUAGAAAAUGCUUUUGAAAGUGUUGAAUCAGAGAGAUAAAAUAAAUAAUUUAUAACAAUUGUAAAUAGAGUUAAUAUAUAAUAAAAUGAAAUGAUCUCAUAAGCACCUAAAUCAGGCUAAGAUGUUUAACCAUAGAAAUCAUUUAUAUAUGGUUUGGUUUCUUACUUGAAUUAAAAUUAAAAUUAAUAGGAAUAAGUUUUGAUGAAUGAAUAAUUGAAAAGGAGAAAAGAGUAAUUGAAUAAUUUAUUAUAAGGAAUGGUUGAUACAAUUAAUAGAAUAUAAACUGAAUUAGAUUAAUUAUUUUAUCCAUCUCAAGAUUCAAAUAAAUAAUAAAAUAAUCAAUAAAACUCUUAAUUAAAUUAAACAAAUAACUAAUAAUCAGCAAACUCAUCCACUUAAUUAUUUAAAUCUAAUUUAAAGAAAGCUUUAUAAACUAAAUAACAUUUGGGUGGAUAAAUAGAAUUAAAAGAAUUUUAUAUUGUACAACCUUUAAAUGAAGAUGAACCAGAUAAAGAGAAGACAUAUAUAUCUUUUAUUAAGGCUGAAUCAAUGUUUUUAUAUAAAUGUGCUCGUCUGGCAUAGAAAUUAAAAAGGAAUGAUUUAUGCUACUCAUUAUUAUAACGAUUGAAUAGUAGAAUUAUAUCAGUUUAAAUUACAGCGCUCUUCUUUAAUAUAAUAAAAGACAAUAAUAAAUUAUUGAUUAGACAGUAUUUAUAUAUAAAUAAAUGUAUUUAUAGAAUUUAGAAAAUGUUGGCUGACUUUUAAGAAUGUGGAAUAAGCCAGGUUGGAUUUGUACCAUUAUGGUUAGAAACGAGAAUAGUAAAAAUGACAAAGUAAUAUGGAGCUAAUUAAAUACUUGGUUUAUUAUCUUCAUCAGAAACUGAUUUCACAUUCUACUUAAUUAAAAAGAUCAUUCUAACAACUGAUAAUUUAAUAUGA